GCAUCGCCAUAUUCUGCAUGCUGCUGACCUACUACAUGUGGAUCAAGGCCGUCAAAACCGGCUCCAUCUAUUGGGCCGCGAUGUGCGCUCUGGCCUAUUUCUACAUGGUCUCCUCGUGGGGCGGCUACGUCUUCCUGAUCAACCUCAUCCCCUUGCACGUCCUUGUGCUGAUGCUCACCGGCCGCUUCUCCCACAGGAUCUACGUCGCCUAUUGUACCGUCUACUGCUUGGGAACCAUCCUCUCCAUGCAGAUCUCCUUCGUUGGCUUCCAGCCUGUCCUCUCCUCGGAGCACAUGGCUGCCCUUGGAGUCUUCGGCUUGUGUCAGAUCCACGCCUUCGUAGACUACCUGCAGAGCAAGCUGAACCCGCAGCAGUUCGAAAUCCUCUUCAGGAGCGUCAUUUCCCUGGUCGGCUUUGUCCUCCUCACCAUCGGGGCCGUGCUGAUGCUGACAGGGAAAAUCUCCCCGUGGACGGGGCGUUUCUACUCCCUGCUGGAUCCCUCCUACGCCAAGAACAACAUCCCCAUCAUCGCCUCCGUCUCCGAGCACCAGCCCACCACGUGGUCCUCCUACUACUUCGACCUGCAGCUCCUCGUUUUCAUGUUCCCAGUCGGCCUCUAUUACUGCUUCAGUAACCUCUCGGACGCCCGCAUCUUCAUCAUCAUGUACGGCGUGACCAGCAUGUACUUCUCUGCCGUCAUGGUGCGUCUCAUGCUGGUGCUGGCCCCGGUGAUGUGCAUCCUCUCCGGCAUCGGGGUUUCCCAGGUGUUGUCCACCUACAUGAAGAACCUGGACAUCAGCCGGCCGGACAAGAAGAGCAAAAAGCAGCAAGACUCCACCUACCCCAUCAAAAACGAAGUGAGCGUCGGGCGGGAGCGGCACCGGGCAGGAGACCUCGGGUCCCG